AAAAAAAGAUUAGAUUCUACCGCCAACUUUACUUCGAAUUAGGGUUUCGCCAUUGCGCGCCACCGUACUUCUCCGGCGACUUCGCCGCUCGCUUCUCUUUCGUUCUUUCCACAGGUAGUCAGGUAUUCCUCCAGAGCAUUUGGGGAAAGUGGGUAUGGCAUCUUCUGAUGAUGAAGUUGAAGCAGUCCCGAGUACUGUCUCUAACUAUGAAUUUGUAGAUGAUAAGGAUGAGCCUGUUUCAUUCGCGGACCUAAAAUUUCAGUGGAAUGAAACUGAGAGUCUGGAUGGGAAAAAAAGACAUGUUUUCUUGCGUGGGACUGCGGAUAAUGGCCUUCAGAAGAUUUAUAAGCAGGUCACAUCAUGGAAGUUUGAUUUUUCACGUAUAGAGCCAGCGGUUUCAGUUUUAUCUAAAGAGAACGGUUGGAUCAGACUUGAAAAACCGAGGAAGGCUUUCCAGGAUACCAUUAGGUCAAUCUUGAUCACUGUGCAUUCCUUGCACUUCCUGAAAAAAAAUCCAGAAUCUUCUGGCAGAGCUUUGUGGGAUCACUUAUCUAAAGUUUUCAGUGUGUAUGAGCCCAGGCCUUCGGAGAAUGAUCUAGUGGAUCACAUGAAAUUUAUCAAUGAAAUUGUUAAGCGUGAUGGAAAAUUGGCUCAAUCCAAGGUUUUACUUACUUUUUUGGAGGAGAAGCCUAAGAAGAAGAAACUAUUUGAUGAGGUUGGGUCAAUAUCCGAGUUUAUAGUCGAUGAUAUCAUAGAUGACAAUGAAGAAGAAGAAGAAGAUGAUGAUUACAAUCACUUCGAAUCUCUCUGCGCAAUAUGUGACGAUGGUGGUGAACUUCUUUGUUGCGAUGGAAAGUGCUUGAGGUCAUUUCAUGCUACAGUGGAAGAUGGUGCUCAAUCUCAGUGUGAGUCUCUUGGAUUUACCAAGGCUCAAGUUAGGGCAAUGAAAUAUCAAGAUUUCUAUUGUAAAAAUUGUGAAUAUCAGCAGCACCAGUGCUAUGCUUGUGGGGAGUUAGGUUCUUCUGAUCAAUCAUCUCAUGCAGAGGUCUUCCGUUGCGUUAAUGCAACUUGUGGCCAUUUUUACCACCCAGAUUGUGUUGCCAGACUGCUUCAUCCUGAUGCUCAGUUGAAGGUUGAUGAACUUAGAAAGAAGAUCGCUGCUGGUGAACCUUUCGCUUGUCCUCUGCAUCAGUGCUGCGUCUGUAAACAGAGAGAAGAUAAAGAUAAAACCGAGUUACAGUUUGCCAUGUGUAGACGGUGUCCAACAUCAUACCAUCGGAAAUGCUUGCCUAAGGAAAUUGUUUUCGACAAAAGCAAGGAUGAAGAAGAAAAUGACGAGGACGAGGAUGAGGAGAUGCCAAGGGCAUGGGAUGGUCUUAUACCAGAUCGAAUUUUGAUUUAUUGCUUAAAACAUGAGAUUGAUGAAGAGCUUGCUACACCUUCAAGAAAUCACAUCAAAUUUCCGGGAGACCAUAGGAGGGGAAAGCAAAUAUCUGAAGAAUUGGACAAACUAAAAGGAAAAUCUGCAGAAGUUACUAAUGGCAGAGUGAUUGCUAAAAAACCAAAAACUGAUGAAAAAUUGUCCAAGGCAGUGAAGGAUGAUUUUUCCAGAAAGAGAGAGAGGAGAUUGUCUCUACCGGAUUCUUCAAAAAGACAAAAAGUAAUUGAUGCUACUAGGAAGAGUUUGAACAAGACAUCAUCUGCAAAGCUCAACAAAACUGUCAAUAGUGAAGGUAAAGCCUCUUUAGGUCUAAAGUUAUAUGCACUCAUUAGCAGGGAAUCACAACCCGUUGAGUCUAGUGAAGAGGGGAAAACCAAGAUCAUGAAGUCUGACAAAAAGGAAACAAGCAGUUCACAGACUUUAGAUGCUAUAGCAAAGAGCAGAAUUUUGUCUAUUAUGAAAGACGUCAAAUCCUCUAUAACUAUGGAUAAACUGGUGAAGCAAAUAUCACCAACUACACAUGCAUACUCGUCAAAAUUUGACAAAUCUAUAACCUUGGGGAAAGUGGAGGGUUCCAUUGAGGCUAUUCGUGCGGCCUUGCAAAUAUUGGAUGAAGGGGGCAAAAUUGAAGAUGCAAAAGCUGUCUGUGAGCCUGGGCUUCUUGAUCAGAUAAUGAAGUGGAGGAGCAAGCUGAGAGUAUAUCUUGCUCCCUUUUUACACGGAAUGCGCUACACGUCCUUUGGUCGCCAUUUUACGAAAGUGGAGAAGCUGAGAGAGAUUGCCGAUAUGCUUCAUUGGUAUGUUCGAGAAGGUGAUAUGAUUGUGGAUUUCUGUUGCGGUUCCAAUGAUUUCAGCUGCCUCAUGAAAAAUAAGCUGGAUGAGAUGGGGAAGGAUUGCUCAUAUAAGAAUUAUGAUUUAUUCAAGCCAAAGAAUGAUUUUAAUUUUGAAAAGAGGGAUUGGAUGAAAGUAGGGCCUGAUGAAUUGCCAGCAGGAUCGAAGUUGAUCAUGGGGCUGAACCCUCCUUUUGGGGUCAAUGCUGCUCUUGCUAACAAAUUUAUUGAUAAAGCACUUCGGUUUAAGCCCAAGCUUCUUAUCCUUAUUGUACCAAAAGAGACAGAACGGUUAGAUGUAAAAAAAGGGUAUCCAUAUGAUCUAAUUUGGGAGGAUGAUGUGUUGCUUAGUGGGAAGUCAUUCUAUUUGCCUGGAUCUGUUGAUGCAAAUAACAAACAAAUGGAGGACUGGAAUGUGAGUGCUCCACCACUUUAUCUUUGGAGUCGCCCUGAUUGGACAGCCGAACAUAAAGCAAUUGCCCAACAGUAUGGCCACCCGUCCAAGAUGCAAGAUAAAUUAAAAGAAAGUUGCUGCCACACACCUGUCCCUCGUUCAGUGGAACAUGGUGAUGAUGUUGAGUCGACGAGGAUCGGUGAUGAUAUUGAUUUCGAGGAUAAGAAGCUACAUCAGGACCAAGAAUACAGGGAGAGAUCGCAGAAUAACAUUGGCAAAGAAGGUGGUGAUAACCUGGGCCAUGCGAAGAUCAGAUCUGUUGAGAAGUCGAUGAAAGGGAAUCAGGAUAAAAGCAAGAACAAAUUUGAUGAGAAGUCGAUGAAAGAGAGUCAGGAUAAAAGCAAAUAUCAAAAAGAUUUGGAUGAGAAGUCAAGACAGGACAAGUCCAAAGCGAAACGUCCACGAGAUUUGGUAGAAAAAUCAACAGAGGAGAUAUAUAUUGGGAAAAGAUCUCUGUCUAGACAUUCCUCCCCCAGCGUGACCAAUCAUAAGUCAGCUGAUCAGCACGCGGUUUCAUCUUGUAAGGCAGAAGAGAAGGAACGCUAUGAACGAUUUGCUGGCCAGAGUGCUUCUGCAUUACAGACAGAGCAAGAGACAGGGUAUGGGGUGCAUCAGGACAGUGAUAUGGAAAGAAGGCACAGCUUGCUAAAGGAGGAGCCUUAUUCAAGUUUGACUCACCAAUAUCCUCAGUCUGCUAGUCCUGGUCCCGAGUAUGUGGGGCACGGGGCACAUCCGGAUGGUGACAUGGCAAGAAGGAACAGCUUGCCGAUGCAGGAGCCUUAUUCGACUUUAAAUCACCAAUAUUCUCAGUCUGCUAGUCCUGGUCCUGAGUAUGCGUUUAGGGCCUCAGAUGAACGGUUUGUGGGUUACCAGAGAGAGCGUGCAGAUAUGCCUGGUUAUAGACCAUACCCCAGUCACAUGAAUGGGGGGGUAUAUGCAAGGGAGUCAGAUGUACGGCCUCAGGGUAACCUUUAUGGGCAGCUGGGUAAUGAGUUUUCGAGUCCCAGAAGCAACUACACAGCGGGUGCCAGCACUGGUUAUCCCUCCUAUGGGCGGUUGAGUCCAGUAACUGAACCAACCUAUGGGAGGAUUAAUACUCCUGUGAUGCCACAGUAUGCUCCACAUGAUGAUUUGUAUCCUGGUAGGAUGAAUAGCAUGGGAUCUGAAGGCAGAAGUGGCAUCUACGGUGGUGGAGUUGCUCGACCUGGGUUUCCAGGUAGCUCAUCGGGUUUUGCUCCAAGGCCUUACUACCCCUUUUCACAGCAAAACUCGUCAGGGUGGCUUAACGAGUAGGCAUUGGCUGGUUGGAAUUAUUUUUCAGCAGAAUGCCUUUGCGGAGUGUUGAAGAUUUUCCUAUUUAUGUUCGUCAUGGUUCUCUUCCUAGUGUCUUCUUGUUCCAUCCUAUCAAACUUCUUUUUGCUUAUUUUGUAUAAAGAAUAAGCUAGAAAUGCACAGGCAACUAUGCUCCUUGAAUCUUCUCUAGGGGAUUGAAACUUUUGUUGUAUAUCCUUUUGUUCCUCCACUUCACCAUCUCUCUUCUAACUGGUGUUGCCUUGCUCAGUUUAUGAAAGUUGGAUUUGUGAUGA